AGGAGAAACUCCUUGGCAAAAGCAAAAGAGAAACUGCAAAGAAAGAAGAGCGAGGCUCAUAAAGGUUCUGAUUUAGUCCAUUUUCAACGUCACAUUCACACUGCAGCCGGCACCAAUUAAGAAACUAUCUACUUGAGAGCUGAGAUCUCGGAUCUAUAGGAAGGCAGCUCAAUAGGAACGCAACAUUCAACAGAUGCAGCAAAGCAAGCAGAAUAUGGCUUCUCUGACCAACGAAGCAGCAGCCAGUUCUUCAUCUUCUUCUCUCCCACUUUCUUCUACUGAUCACCAAAAUCAUUACACAUACGAGGUUUUCCUGAGUUUCCGAGGUGAGGAUACGCGCUAUGAUUUUACAGAUCAUUUGUACAAAGCUUUGUGUCUGAGGGGAAUUAAGACCUUCAGAGAUGAUACGCUUAGCAAAGGAGAAGACAUAUCACAAGAGCUCCUCAAAGCAAUUGACGAGUCCAGAGUUUCAAUCGUCGUCUUCUCUCAAAACUAUGCUUCCUCAAGGUGGUGUUUGAAUGAACUGGUCAAGAUACUUGAAUGCAGAAAAUCAAAAAGACAGGAGGUCAGACCGGUUUUCUACAAAGUGGCUUCCUCAGAUGUACGACACCAAAGAGGCGCCUUCGGUGACGCAUUUGCUACGCUUGGUCGCAGAUACGAGGAUAGCAUGGACAAAUGGAAGACAGCUCUUAAGGAAGCAGCAGAUUUGUCUGGAUGGCCUUUGAAGGAUGGCGAGUAUGAGACCAAAUUCAUCGACGACAUUGUUGAGGAGUUGUCCGCCCAAGUGAUAAACCCUUCAUGUUACUUGAAUGUUGCUGAGUAUCCAACUGGAUUACAGUCUUGUAGACAAGAUGUCAUCAGACUUUUACAUGCCGAGGAAAAUAUUGUUCGCAUGGUAGGCAUAUGGGGACCUGGGGGAAUAGGAAAGACCACAAUUGCGAAGGAUGUGUUUAAUUCAAUUCGCCGUAAGUUUGAAAAUAGCUGCUUCUUGGCAAAUGUUAGAUCUAAUUCAAAUGGCCUAGCCCAACUGCAAGAGAGACUUUUGCGUGAUGUUUUAAGGGACCCAAAUUUGGAGGUGAGCGAUGUUGAUCAGGGAGUCAGUUUUAUAAAGGAAAGAAUGCAAAAUAAAAAAGUUCUCUUAAUCCUUGAUGACGUGAGUCAUUCUAGCCAAUUAAAGAACUUAGUUCCAUCCCCUGAUUGUUUUGGCCCAGGCAGUAGAAUUCUCAUAACAACAAGAGAUAAACGUUGGCUAACUGCUCAUCAAGUUGAUGAAGUUUACGAGGUCGAAAUGUUAGAUGAUGAUCAGUCUUUGGAGUUGUUUAGCUUGAAUGCAUUUAAAAGAAAUAGACCUCCAAGCAAUUAUCUAGAACUUGCACAACGUGCAGUACGGUAUGCCCAGGGCCUUCCAUUAGCUUUGAUAGUUUUAGGCUCUCAUCUAUUUCGUAGAAGCAGAGAGGAGUGGGAAGCUACAUUAGAUAGUAGUAGGGGAGAAGAUCCUCACAAAGAGAUAAGAGACAUUCUCAAAAUAAGUUAUGAUGCUCUGGGAGUAGAUUUGAAAGGAUAUUUUCUUGAUAUCGCUUGUUUCUUUAAAGGGCGGCCUGUAGACUGUGUGAAACCAAUACUAGAAGCUUGUUAUGACCUCAAAUUUGUGAUUGGUAUUAAACAACUCCAAGAAAAGGCCUUAAUAAGAAUUGACGAUAAGACUAAUGAUGAGACUAAUGAGCUGGAUGGAACAGAAACAGGUGUGAUUUGGAUGCAUGACUUGAUAGAAGAAAUGGGUCAAGACAUAGUGUAUCAGGAGUCACCUGAUGAACCCGGGAAACGCAACAGAAUGUGGAGUGAAGAAGAUGUAGAAUACGUUUUAACAAAUAAUACAGGUACAAAUAAAGUUAUAGGCAUUCAGGUCCCGUGGCUAUCAUCUACAAUAUCUUUGAAUGCUAAAAGCUUUUCAGAGAUAAGGAAUCUUAGAUAUAUUUCUAUGAUGAGAACAUCCUUUUAUGGAGAUAUUGAUUAUCUCUCCAACCAGUUGAGGUGGCUAGAUUGGCAAGAAUGUCCGUUGCAAUGUUUUCCAUCCGAUUUUCAAGCAAACAAACUUGUGGAGCUCAACAUUUCUGGCCACAAAAUCAGACCACUAUGGGAGGGACGUAAGAAUUUUUCAAGGCUAACAUGUAUGGAUUUAAGUUAUUGUACAUCCCUAAAGAAACUCCCAGACUUGAGUGGAAUCCCUAACUUGAAAGAGUUGAAUUUAAGUAGUUGUACAUCCCUAAAGAAACUCCCAGACUUGAGUGGAAUCCCUAACUUGAAAGAGUUGAAUUUAAGUCGUUGUACAUCCCUAAAGAAACUCCCAGACUUGAGUGGAAUCCCUAACUUGAAAGAGUUGAAUCUAUGUUACUGUACCAGUUUAGUUGAGGUUCCUGAUUCUGUUGGAUUGCUUGAUAAGCUUGUUACCUUGAAUGCUGGGAGUUGCUCUAACCUUAUUAUGUUUCCAAGAAAAAUCAACUUGAAAUCUGUGGAAACAAUCUCUAUUAGAUAUUGCAAGCUUGAAGAAUUUUCAGAAGUUGGGGAACAGAUGGGUUUCUUGAGAAGAUUGGAUCUAGGUCGCACUUGCAUUAAAGAAUUGCAUCCGUCCAUUACAAGGCUUAUCAGGCUGGAAGAGUUGGACCUUGAACGCUCAAAACUGGCUACAUUUCCAAAAAUUCUAGUAAAGAUGGAUUCCUUGAGACGACUCUCUCUUGACGGCAGUGACAUAAGAGAAUUGGAUGAGUCAAUUGAAAAUCUCAUUGGGCUUGAAGAGUUGAAUCCUGCUGAUUGCAAAAAUCUCACAACUCUACUGUGCAGCAUUUAUGGGUUGCAAAAUUUAACGGAACUUUAUCUUACUAACUGCUCAAAACUCGCUAGAUUUCCAACAAAUACCGAAAGUUUGAAUGUCGAUGGUUGCUCACUAUCACUUCCCAAGCUAAAGUGCUUGUAUAUGGGAGGAUGCAGUUUAUUAUCAGAUUGUGAUUUCCUGAUGACUCUUGAUUGCUGGGAAACAUUAGAGUGGCUUAAUCUGUCAACAAACAAUUUUGUUAGUCUUCCUGCUUGCCUCACCAAAUUUGUCAACUUGCGGUGGCUUGACUUGUCCGGUUGCAAGAGACUCCGAGGAAUUCCGGAGCUUCCACCAAGCGAGGAUGGCUUUUUGUGUGGAAAAUUUCUGAAAGUCCAGAUGAAGGAGGAUGUUCUGGUUGUUGGGGUUGGGAAGUGUGUCCUACGAAUUGAUACUACUAAAGUUGCAAAGGGUGAAGUCCCUUCUGCUGAGGUUCCUAUUAAGUGUCCUGUUGAAAAGCUCAUUGAUGGGGUCCAAUUUGUUGGUAAACAUGAUGGAGAGGUGACAGAUUUAUCAAUGUGCCAAUGGAUGACCACCCAGCUGGUUUCUGCUUCUAUGGAUGGAACUCUCCCAACAGGCCUGAUCUCUACGGGGCCGCUUAAUCGGGAAGUGAAGAUCUGGUCCUCAGCGAGUGAAGAAGGCUGGCUACUUCCCAGUGAUGCUGAGUCAUGGAAAUGUACCCAGACCUUAGAGUUAAAGGGCUCUGCUCAACCUCGAGUUGAGGAUGCAUUCUUUAAUCAAGUCAUAGCAUUGUCACAAGCUGGCCUUCUUUUAGUUGCAAAUGCUAAGAAGAAUGCUAUAUAUGCCGUGCACUUAGACCUUGGUGGUGAGCCAGCAUCUACAUGCAUGGAUUACAGAGCAGAAUUUACAAUGCUUAUUUUGAGCUUUACUGGGACAAGUAUAUCACCUCAUGGUGAAUAA